UUUUUGUCGUCUUGCGGGCAAGCGAUGCGUGUUUCCACCCUUCUUUCGUACUCAUUAUGGAGUCUUUCGCUCUCAUUGUGUCCCGCUAGGGUGAAGGCAUUGACUCUAGAUGUUCAGAGCGCAGAUACGGCGUCAAAGAUCGCUUACGAUCUUAUGAGCCGCUAUACUGGCAACAACACCGGUGACGUCCCUGGCAAUCUCCCUGCGCCUUAUUACUGGUGGGAAGCCGGUGCAAUGUUUGGAGAAAUGGUCGAAUACUGGUACUACACAGGCGACACGACUUACAACGCUGAAGUACUUCAAGCCCUUCAACAUCAGCGAGGCAAAGCGAAUAACUACGAGCCAUCGAAUCAGACCGCGAGUUUGGGCAACGACGAUCAAAUGUUCUGGGCUUUCGCGGCCAUGACCGCAGCAGAACUGGGUUUUGAUAAUCCUGCGGAAGAAGAUCCGUCGUGGUUGGCACUCGCGCAAGCAGUUUUCAACCGCCAAACCUCUCGCUGGGAUCCCGAUACCUGCAACGGUGGUUUGCGCUGGCAGAUGAUUCUCGCAAAUGUUGGUUAUGACUACAAGAACUCCGUCACAAAUCUUGGACUGUUCCAGCUCUCGGCGAGACUAGGAAGAUACACCGGAAACCAAACAUAUAUCGACUGGGCCAACAAAAUUUGGAACUGGUAUGAGCAUAGUAGUCUGUACGAUCCUGAAGAGUAUAAAAUCUGGGAUGGUGCACAUACGACCGAGAAUUGCACCGAUGCUUCUCAUGAACAAUGGAGCUAUACCUACGGUAUCCUUACCGCUGGAAUGGCAUAUCUCUACAAUCAUGUAAGUUUCGCUUCGCAGAAGACACAGGGGCGAAAUGCUUACAACUCAAUCAACAGANCCGAGAACGAAGUAUGGCUAACCAAGAUCGACGGCCUGCUGAACACGACAUUCCAAACUUUUUUCCCUCAGAACAUGGGUCCCAAUAUCAUGGUGGAAUGGACCUGCGAACCAUUGGGCGUCUGCAACAACGACCAGCGCUCUUUCAAAGCCUACCUCUCGCAAUGGCUGGCUAGAACAGCCCAGCUGGUGCCUGCCCGCUAUGACACCAUCAUGCCAUAUUUGCGAACCUCUGCAGUAGGAGCCGCGGGUCAGUGUGGUGCGGAUGGUAAGAACUGCGGACAUACGUGGAACACGACUGUUUCGGAUGGGACUCAGGGGGUGGGUGAGCAGAUGAGUGCGUUGGCUGUUGUGCAGGUCAUGAUGCUGGACAAUGCUGAUCUCAAGCCCCCAUAUACUACCACCACCGGCGGAACCAGCAAGUCUGAUCCAAGUGCUGGUACUGAUGGUUCUGAUGUUGGUGGCGAGACAGAUCCUAAUCACAUCUCGAGGCGACCGAUCACGACUGGGGAUCGUGUCGGUGCAGGCGCCGUCACUGCGGGUAUAUUGUUGACCAUCAUCGGCGGGACUACUUGGUUGGUAUGGGCAGGAUGA